GAACCGACAGCUACGGAAUCUGUUAAUUCCCCUGGCCUUGGACUUACCUUGUCGUAGCGAAUAUUUAUUUCUGUGACAUCAUUCUACCAUGCUCUCUACUUCGGCCAAAUCUUAUACACAGAAACCAAUAUGUCUCGAUGGCCGGGGAACUCACUCCGACGCAAUCUCAUGCCUCGACUUUCUAGACGAAGAUCGACGCAUCAUCACCUGCUCCGAAGACGGUUCUAUCCAAGUUCGGGAGGUGGACACAGGUCAAGUAGUGAGUGGCCCCUGGACAGAUGCAGGAAGUGGGGCUGUCCACGCCAUGGCAGUGUCGCCAAAUCACAUGGAAAUCGUGACUGGCAGCCAGGAUGGCAGGAUACGCCUGUGGACGGUGGCCACCGGGAAAAUGACCGGAAAAUGGAAGCAAGCUCACAGCCUCGCAAUCUUGUCUGUCUGCUGGAGUCCAGAUGAGUUACACAUCGCCAGUGGGUCUGAAGACGGAACGGCGAUCAUCUGGGAUACCAAGCAAAGCGAUAUCGUGGGACAUCCCAUCAGAACUGCCCACCCACAUGUAUAUGCAGUACACUAUUCAUCCGACGGUACAACGCUCGUCACAAGCGGAUAUAACAACACAAUCACUUUUUGGGACGUCAAGACAAGAGAGGCGCUCCGCUUUGUAGAACCAUGUCAUGCAUCGCAGCAGGUCCACUGCGUCAUCUGGACCUCAUAUGAUAGAAUUUUCCUGGGAUGUAGUAAUGGAAUCGUACAGACAAGAGCUAAUGCUCAAGGGAAAGUCGCCCGUCUAGGCGAACGUACUAGUCCUAUCUGUGCCAUGGUCUUGUCUCAAGACGAGCUUUUAUUGGCGACCGCUUCUCUCGAUAAUACCAUCUCCCUAUGGGAUCCAAAAACCAACCAGUCAGUUGGUCGGCCUUUGGACCAUCCUAGUGGCUUGAGGUGCGCAGCUUUCGCAAGAAACAGCAGACUGCUCGCCACUAGUGGUGUCGACAAGAACGUGUAUAUCUGGAAUCUUCAGGCGUUGUUUAAAGAUGUCAAUGCUACGGUCAGCGAGUCAGGACCAUCACCGGGAACGUCUAUAGCUGGUCGCUCACUGAUCAAUAUUGAUGCAAGUACUUGUCCCGCCAGUAAUAACAGACGAAAGGAUCCACGGCACAGCGAUACCGAUGUGCCCGAUAGCACGCAUAGACUACCAGGCCCUUUUGAUGCGGCAACAAACAUUCGUAACCCGUCGCCUCCCAAUCCAAGACCAUGGGAUGAGCGUAGCAUCGCGCAGUCGAAUUCCUCAACCAGAACUGUCUGCCAAGUCGCUGGGGAGGUCUGUCGCACACUUCAUCUGAUAAUUUAGUCGAGUUGUGACACACCUUGCCACUAGGCAUUCAGUCGUCCGAGAUCAUUUUCACGCACACGUGCCGUUGGAGUGGGGCACGGUCACAG